CUUCUGCGCAGGCGCGGCCCCGGCUGCUCGGCGGCGGCGGGAGGCUGCGGGCGGCGGGCCGCGGCCGGGCAUGGUCCAGCGGGCGCGAUGGCCCCCGCCAUGCAGCCGGCCGAGCUGCAGUUCGCGCAGCGGCUGGCGUCCCAGGAGAAGGGCAUCCGGGAGCGGGCGGUGAGGAAGCUGCGCCAGUACCUCAGCGUGAAGACCCAGAGGGAGACAGGAGGUUUCAGUCAAGAAGAACUUCUAAAAAUAUGGAAAGGGCUCUUCUAUUGCAUGUGGGUGCAGGAUGAACCCCUCCUCCAGGAGGAGCUAGCGAACACUAUUUCCCAACUCGUCCACGUUGUUAACAACUCAGAGGCCCAGCACCUGUUCAUUCAGACGUUCUGGCAGACGAUGAAUCGCGAGUGGAAGGGGAUAGACCGGCUGCGCCUGGACAAGUUCUACAUGCUGAUCCGUCUGGUCCUGAGGCAGUCCUUCGAGGUUCUGAAGAGAGAUGGCUGGGAAGAGAGCCGAAUCAAGCUGUUUCUCGAUGUCCUGAUGAAAGAAAUCCUGCACCCCGAGAGCCAGUCUCCGAACGGGGUGAAGUUCCACUUCAUCGGCAUCUAUCUGCAUGAGCUGUCCAAAGUGGGAGGGAGAGAGCUUUUGGCAGAUCAGAAUCUCAAGUUUAUUGAUCCUUUCUGCAAAAUUGCGGCCAGGACUAAGGACCAGACACUGGUGCGGACAAUAGCGAGGGGCGUUCUGGAAGUCAUCGUAGACCAGUCUCCUUUCGGCCCCGAAGAGACCCUCGAGGAACAGAGAACCCAAGCGGGUGAGACCGCGUUCUCCGGGGAAGAGAUGCCGGGAAACGAGGCGGCGUGGAGGAAGCCAGUCCGCAAAGAGCAGCCUGCGCUGGGCAAGCAGCAGUCCAGAAAGGACGGGGUCCACGACAACGGGGAGCCUGGAGGUCGCCUGGAGGACGCCGGGCCCCUGCUCCAGUUCGACUACAAGGCCGUUGCCGACCGACUCCUGGAAAUCACUAACAAGAAGAACAUCCCUCCCUUCAACAGGAAGCGUCUCUCCAAGCUCAUCAAAAAGUUCCGGGAUCUCUCCGAAGGAAGCGUGUCUCAGUUCGGUUUUGUGGACGGUGCUUCUGCUGAUGAAGAUGACCAAUCCCUCGACCGAGGAAGGCAGAAGAGAAAAGGAAGUAAAGCUGCAGAGAGAACGGAGCCGGAGAAGGAGCGAGGAAACAAGUUGUCUCUUGCUGAGGAGGAGGAGAGCGAAGCCGGUGUUCAGAAGAGAAAAAGGAAGAAGAAGAAGAAGAAGAACCACCUCCAGCCUGAGCAUUCGGGGUCGGGGCCGGAAGCCAUGCGCCCAGAGCAGAACGGGGGUGGCGAGCCGCAGGCCAGUACGGGCAGAGUCCCGAAGACGCCUGUGGAGCCAGGGACAGUGGCCACCCCGGGCCCCCAGGAGCAGAGCAGCGUGCGGCCCACCCCAGUGCACAGCAGGAGAAAACGGCCCAGGAAGAGGAGCCCCACGGUGCAGGGCGGGGGCGUGGAGCCUGCGUCACCCCUGCCUCCGGAGGACGCGGCCCCUGGCGGCCCCAGCAGCGCCCGCACCCAGGCCCUGGCUCCAGGAGCCUCCCCAGCUGGUGGGGCCCCCAUCCCGAAGAAGAAGCGGAAACUGGGAGCCCUCCCGGUCAAUGGCAGUGGCCCCCCAGUGUUGGCCUGGCCUCUGUCCCCGGGCAGGAGGCUGAAGAAAAAGAAGGGGGAGCCCAGCAGCCUUGACCUGCACAGCCCGUCUGCUCAGAAAGCUGCCAUCCUGAAAAAGAGGAAGAGGAGGAAGGAGGGGCCUGAGUCUGUGUCGCUCGGCGGGGUGCCAGAGGCUGAGGCCACGCUCAUCCCAGCUCUGGGGGGUGGGGGCGUUUCCAGCCCUUCCAAGAAGCGGCCACUGAGGCCAGAGAAUGACUUUGUGCGGUUCGACACCCCCUUCUUACCAAAGCCGCUGUUCUUCAGAAAAGCCAAGAGCAGCACCGCCGUCGCCUCUGCGCCCCGUGCCAUGCAGCGAGACAAGACGCCAUCCAGCUCCAAGAAAGUCACCUUCGGGCUGAACAGAAACAUGACCGCAGAGUUCAAGAAGACAGACAAGAGCAUCCUGGUCAGUCCCACGGGCCCCUCCCGAGUGGCCUUCAACCCUGAGCAGAAGCCCCUGCAUGGAGUGCUAAAGACCCCCACGAGCUCGCCCACCAGCACCCCGCCGGGGACCAGGAAGCUGCUGCCCACCACGCCAAAGAGGAGGCCAACGGCUGCGGACUUCUUCUAGGAGCCGCAGAACCUCUCAGAGACUGCGUUUGUACAGAGCCUAUAAAUUAUAACUUUAAGAAGGUGGGGCCUUUUCUGUUGGUUUCUAAGUCCCCAUGAACUCCGUGUCAACAAGGUGCGAGCGGGCGCUGCGGGCCUCUGCCUGAAGGUUUUGCUACACAUGCCGUCGGUGGGAGCGCUCUGUGCCUGGCGUUUGCGGUGACUUCUGGGACCCCCACCAGCCUGGGAGCUGAGCACAGUGACCGUCCGUCACGUGGCACUGAGGCCGCGGGAGCCUGGAGGCGGCAGCGUAGUUCGGGCACCAGCACUGCGGCGGCCACGCGGGCUCCUGGUCUCCCCCGGUCUGCGGACUUCUGGCAGUCUGUGCGGGGCAGACGCCCAUAACCCGACCAGCAAUAACACGGACCUGCAGGAGGGGCGGGGAGAGGAGAGCCUCCGCCCUCGGGGCGCCCCUUCCCUCCCCUGGGCCCUGUUUCCUUCCGUGUUCCUACCUCUCAGGCCAGCCCAAAGUGUCUUGACCGGUGAGCGACGCUCCUCGGUGCUCCCCCGCGACGGAGCACACUCCUUGCUCGGGGUCCCGUGCUCUGGUCACCCUCCUUCCCUUCCCUGUAAGCCUUUGCGCCCGCCGGAGUGAGUGGCCUCCGCGGAAGCCACUCUCCUGACUCCGGGCGGAAAGGCGUCGGUUCGCAGGCGCGGCGGCAGUGUCGGACGGCCUGCAUUCCCGCUGGAAGCCCGAAACCGGCCUUUGAGAACUGCGUGUGCGUCUUGAUUCAUUCGCGGCCCCCUCUCCUGAAGUGUGGAAGCUUGCGCUGAAGAUUUCUGUAGAUUUCUGCUUUUCGCUCACUACGAGAGUCAGAGGCGGGCGCUCAGGCUCCCGCAGGAGGAGCUGGGACGGAGCGCGGGGAAGCUCCAUCCGGCCCCGAGCUCGAGUGAUGGACGGGGGGCGCGUUCAGGAAUCACGUGGUCACCUUAGGGGAGCCCCUGGGCCCCCGGCUCCCGUUAGAGUUUACGAACACAAAUCACAGACCUCAAGAAAGGAAUGAACUCGGAGGUCUGUGAUGUGGGUGUGGGGGUGCUCAGUGCUGCCCUGGUGCGCACUGUCUGCUCAGGGGACCUCAGGCCUCCCGGGAGUGCAGGCUGCCUCCCCCGUCCAGCCUCCACCCCGUACAGGCCCCCAGGGCUGCUCAGUGAGACCAGCCCCCACUUCGCCUGACCAGGGAGGCCCCCUUGGUUGGCGCGGCUGUGUUGACGUGACUCUAGUUUCUACGUCACGUCGCCAGGGUGGGGCUCUGUCUGCAGUUACGCGCCCCUGGGGUCAGGCGGCCCGUGCAGUGGACGCCGGCCAAGAGGGGGGGUGCGUCCUGUCCUUUGCCUGCUCUGUAAUGAAGUUCGGUCCUGAUUAGUCCCUGAGAGAAGACGUGACUCGACUGAGCCGUCAGUCCCUGUAACAGGAAGUCUGGUGUCCGAGGUGCUGGGCCGUUGUUUGCGUGGGCCGGUAGUGCUGCGUAGUGCUGCGUUCGGUAAGACAGAACCCAGCCCGAUCAUGGCAGAUGAUGAGAUUGGAAGAGUCGUGUAUUUUUAACUUUUUGUCUAAGAAAAAAGUGUCCCAUUACCAUUGGCCAGAUUAUUUUUCUAACGGUUUUUAAUUUAGCUUUAAAGAUAGGCCGUGUAGUCCAGCGGGCUUGAGAUGUUGUAGCGAGACACCCAAGGGCACAGUUGGGUGAACGCAGGGACCUCCCGUCACGCGCACGGCGGCCUCUGCUGCUCCGGGAGCUGGGCCGGCUGGUGAGGCCGCGCCUCCGGACUCAGGUCCGGGAGCAACGGGGGACCCUGUCCUUCCUCCCAAUCUGUCCUGACUUACUCUGUGGGUAAGUUCGGUAGGUUUACGGGGGCAUAUUUUUAAUACCUAGAUUUUGGCAACGAAGGAAGAAAACUUUUUUAAUUCUUGUUACAGACACACACGAGUGUGUUGCGCAAAGAAAUGUAUUUAGAACACCAGUUUCUACACGGUGCAUGUCAUUUUCCCAGGCAGAGUAGCGAAGGGGACUUGGAAGUCCAAAACUGGAAACCCCUUACCUUAACGCUGGUGAUCUAGUAGUUUGUAAAACAGUCCUCUUCCUGCCCCCGACCCCCUGUCUGGUUAGUUUUGUACAAUUUGGUACCACACUUUAUAAAUGCGUAGUCCUAACUCCCGUGUACCCGCAAGCACAAAGGAGGGUCAGGGACGUGCGGAAGCGCUUGUUGGUGUUGGAAAGGACAUGAAAUGGAACCUGUCUUUUGAUCUGUGUGUUUUCUCUGGAUUUACCUGGCUCUGCUGGCAAGAACCGUGUGUUGACGAUCGGUCUGUACUUCCGUCUGCAGUGUGUCCGUCGCAUCCAAGCCAAGUCCAAUAAACAGAACCUCUCUUUGCACUCA